GCCGAGUGGUCUUCGGUUUUCUCUCUCAAGUGGGUUUAUCAAAAUAAAUAAAUAAAUAAAUAAAGAACGAGAGAACCCUAAACCAUUCCCAGCAUAGUGUAUAAUCUGCGUCAAUUCUUGGUUUUUCCGUUUAUCAAUCCAUACCCGGAGUCCAAUUGCUCGAACGAUUUCUGGGUUGGAGAGAGUUUGAUUGCUUUAGACAUGAAAAGGAGGGUCAGGAGAAGGGGAAACAACGGUAAAGAAGUUUUGCCAAGCUACCCAGAGAACGAUGACGAAUUAACUGGGUCUUCGGAUCAUCGGAAAAAGAAUGAAUUAGUUGAUUGGACUAGGUUGGCCGACGAUACAGUAAUCCAGCUCUUUACACGUCUGAAUAAUCGUGACAGGGCGAGUCUAUCUUCAACUUGCCGGGCAUGGAAGAUUCUGGGCAGUUCUCCAUGUUUAUGGAGGUCGCUGGAUCUUCGAGGACACAAAUGUGAUGCCAAUAUGGCCGAAUCUCUUUCAUCUCGGUGUUCUUCCCUGCAGAAACUUCGCUUCAGAGGGGAGGAAUCAGCUGAUGUUAUAAUUGAUCUCCGGGCUAAGAAUUUGAAGGAAAUAUGCGGUGAUGGUUGUGGGAGAAUAGUUGAUGCUACUCUAUCUGUUAUCGCUGCUCGUCAUGAGGCACUUGAAAGUCUGCAAAUUGGCCCUGAUUUCUGUGAGAAAAUCAGUAGCGACACAGUCAAACUGAUUGCUAAAUGCUGCCCCAAGCUUAGGAAACUGCGGCUUUCGGGUUUAAGGGAUGUGGAUGCAAAUGCCAUGAAUGCUUUGGCUAAACAUUGUCUUAAAUUGGUGGACUUGGGGUUUAUAGAUGGCAUGACCUUGAAUGAGGUAGGUUUAGGACGUAUUGAGUCAUUACGAUUUCUUUCUGUUGCAGGAACAACAGAUUUGGAUUGGACUGCAGUUUCCCAGCAUUGGGUUAAAUUACCUAAUUUGAUAGGCUUGGAUGUUUCAAGAACUACUCUAACUCCUGUUGUCGCCUCUAGGUUGUUGUCACAUUCAAAGAGUUUGAAGGUCUUGUGUGCUUUGAAUUGCACAGUCCUUGAAGAAGAUACCGCCUUUACUUACAACACCAGUAAGGGUACAUUGCUGCUAUCCAUUUUUUCCGACGUUUUCAAAGCUUUAGCUUCUCUUUUUGGGGAUGUUGUAAAGAGAGAGACAGAAGUUUUCUCUUAUUGGAGGACUUCAAUACACAAGGACAAGAAGGUGGAUGACAUCAUGACUUGGGUCGAAUGGAUUCUGUCUCAUACACUUCUAAUACUUUCUGAAUCAAAUUCUCACGAUAUGGACAGUUUCUGGAUAAGCCAGGGCGCAUCAUUGUUGCUCAAUUUGUUAACAAGCUCACAAGAGGAUGUCCAAGAAAGGGCAGCUACAGGACUUGCAAGUUUUGUAAUCAUUGAAGAUGAAAUUGCUAACAAUGUUGAUGUUAAAAGAGCUGAAGCAGUUAUGCAUGGUGGAGGAGUAAGGAUUCUUUUAAAUCUUGCAACAUCUUGGAGGAAUGGGUUUCAGGCCGAAGUAGCAAAGGCUAUAGCCAACUUGUCUGUCCCCCCCAGUGUUGCAAAAGCAUUUGCAGUUGAAGGAGGGAUAGGCAUUCUUGCAAAUUUGGCGAGGUCUAUGGAUAGAGUGGUAGUUGAAGAGGCUGCCGGAGGAUUGUGGAACAUGUCUGCUGGGGAGCACAAGAGUGUUAUUGCUGAGGCUGGUGGUAUAAAAGCUUUGGUUGAUCUUAUUUUCAAAUGGUCUCCUGGGAAUGAUUGUGUUCUGGAACGGGCUGCUGGUGCAUUGGCAAACUUGGCUGCUGAUGACCAUUGUAGUUUAGAGUUUGAAGUAGUUGGUGGUGUAAAUUCUCUGGUGAUGCUGACUCGCAAUUGCAAGUCCGAGAGAGUACAGGAACAGGCUGCACGUGGACUAGCCAAUUUGGCAGCCCAUGGAGAUACCAACAGUAGUGCUGUUGCUGUUGGGCAGGAAGCAGGUGCAGUUGAAUCCCUUCUGCAACUCACUCAUUCAGCUCAUGAAGGAGUCAGGCAAGAAGCUGCUGGUGCACUGUGGAAUUUGUCAUUCAAUGAUCGAAACCGAGAAGCAAUUGCAACAGCUGGAGGCAUUGAAGUGUUGGUUGCUCUUGCAAACUCCAGUUUGAAUGCCUCAGCAAGUCUUCAGGAGAGGGCUGCCGGAGCUUUGUGGGGGAUGUCUGUAUCAGAGGCAAAUAGCCUUGCUAUUGGAGAAGGAGGAGGUGUGACACCAUUGCUAAAACUUGCACGCUCUAAUAUUGAAGAUGUACAUGAGAGUGCAGCAGGGGCUAUUUGGAAUCUUGCUUUUAACUCUGGAAAUGCUCUCCGUAUAAUGGAGGAAGGUGGUGCUCCCACACUUGUGUAUCUUUGCUCAUCAUCCGGCUCUAAAAUGGCACGAUUCAUGGCUGCAUUGGCAUUGGCGUACAUGUUUGAUCGAAGAAUGGAUAGAGAUUCUGUGGAAGCUUUAUGUGCUAAGACAUCCAAAAGUAUGGUCUUAUUUUCUUUUAGCAAGAGUGCUUUUAAGGCAAUUGAAGCAUUUGUCCAUAGUUUUACCGAUUUCUCAACGUUUUCGGCGACUUCAUCACCUGCGGCUCUCACUAAAAUAAUAGAUGCUACCCGCAUUCGUGAGGCGGGUCAUCUGAGAUGCAGUAUGCCUGAGAUUGGACGAUUUGUUGCCAUGCUGCGGAGUCCUUCUUCGGCCCUCAAGGCAUGUGGUGCAUUUGCACUAGUACAGUUCACAAAUUCAGGUGGCCGACAUGCAAUGCACCAUAUCAAACUUCUACAGGAUUCUGGGGCAUCCCGAGUUUUGCGUGCAGCAGCUGCAUGUGCAAAUGCACCAAUUGCAGCCAAAAUCUUGGCAAAGAUUGUACUUCGGAAUAUAGAGAAUCAUUGUACCAUGUGAGGUCAAGUCGAAGGCCUUAGUUUGGACCCUUUUUCUUUUGCCCGCAUUUGAAGAAUCAAUUGGUUCUACUCAAAAGCUAUUACCAUGCAGGAGUAUAGCAUGCAUAUUUUUUUUAUAUAUAUAUUUUUGGUUAUCAUAGAUUGUUUUAUUUUUUUUAUUUUUUUUUCUGAGUUAGACUAGUUUGUUGAAAUAGCUUAAUCAUAUACAGGUCUUGUUGCACUUAUAUAUAUUUGCAUGAUGAUUCCUUCAGUUCUUUCAAUAAGUACAUUUUAAUUCUAAUA